AUGUGCUCCUCAUCGCAAAUUAUCUCCAUAUUUUUGUUCGUGGUGUUUCUCGUUUCGACAUGCAGUGCAAACUGUAACGAAACGGAUGCAUCACUGCCGCACUGUGAUGCCGAGUCGCGCCAAAAACGGUUUCUAUCCUUUCCCGUCAACGGAGGACUACUGAAAACGAUUUUCGGUGUGGCCAUUCCGGUCGCUUUCAAUCACAAGCUGAAAAGAGGUUUGAACGGAGGCGUGAAUCUUCAGGGCAACUAUCGACUCCUGGAAAGUAUUAUUUGGCCGGUCCCAGAGGACAUUUUCACGAACCGGUUGAAUAACGACUUCGAAGACGAUAGCCGACCGCAGCUGUUUCGCGUAUUGGAAAAUGUCUUGGACACUCAAGGCAAAAACGGCCGAAACUGUAUAUUGAAGACAAUUUGUGAUAUAGCUGAGGCGCCGUUGUCGCAUAACGGAUUGCUCGGGGAAAUGAUAGAUUUGAUUUUCACACCAACCGAAGACGAUAAACUUGACGAAGAGUACCUCAUGGCUCGGAAGUAUGGAAUGAAUGGAGUAAGUUGCUCAGGAGUGUACAAAGAAUGUCAAUUCGGACAUGGUCUGCUUGAUGCACUUAGUACUAUUGUAACCCCGUUCUCGAAUAUUGAGCUCAAUUAGUACUUGAAUGUUGAUUGGACAGAUUGAACUGAAUGAUCAUGGAAAUAAACAAUUGCACGCUAGAGCCUUGUCCUGUUAAUUGACAACCAAAUACAUGGAUUCAAC